GUUACAAAUUCCAACAGAAUUGGGUCUUUAACGUUUUUGAUGGACAAUUUGAUAUGAGGCAAAUGAAAUGAGCACACAUCUCAAGAAACUCUGAAAUACCCUUCCCCUCAAGUCUCUGCCGCUCAAACAAAACCCCACCGUUCAAUUUCAAAUUAAAACAACUUGUUGAAUCUUCUGGUUGCUUGUCAAUAGCAUUAAAGCCAUAACAAAGAUACUGAAUCUUGCAAUGUAAAUGAAGGAACAUGCUCUCUUUAAAAAACAGAUAACUUUAUAAUUAGUGAUUUAAAAAUAAGCUGAAGCAAGUAUUUUCAUAUAUAAGAAUUUUGUGUUAUAUUGCCUACAAACUGACCGUUGAUAUUUUGUAUAUUCCUGAUAAGUAAAUAUUUGAGAUAAGUGGGAAAAGUUUUAAUGCAAAAUUUUAAUUCUCCUGUUAUGUACUGCUUUUAGAAAAAAGAGAAGUGUGAAAAAGUAAAAAAUAAUUAAAGCAUGGACAAAUUUUCUUAAUAAUAGUGGAAGAUUACCAGUGAAGUAUAUUUGCAAAACUCUUUUGCAGAUGGUUUGUACCAAAUUUGUUUUAUCCCUGUUUUAAGUAAAUUUAAAUAAUUUCGCAAAAUUUUUUCAACCAUCUCUAUCAUGAGUAAUGCUACUGAAUUAAAGAAAAAGCGCUACAACUGCAAUUUAUGUGACAAAACAUUUAUUACGAGAAGUUAUUUAAAAGAUCAUUAUAAUACCCAUACAAAUGAAAAACCUUAUGUUUGUGAUGUAUGCUUGAAAGCAUUUCAUAGUAGGAAGAAUUUAACGAAACAUUAUAACAUUCACAAAAAUAUUAAAUCCCAUACUUGCGAUGCUUGUGGUAAGUCAUUUUCUCAGACAUGUUAUUUGCGUCAACAUUAUCUCACUCAUACAAAUGCAAGGGCUUUUGCAUGUGAUGUAUGUAACAAGAUAUUUAAAAGCAAAGCUUAUUUGAUUGGACAUUAUCGAACUCAUAAAAAUGAAAGACCUUUUUCAUGCAUUCUGUGUGACAAGGCAUAUACUCUCAAAGCUUAUUUAACUAAGCAUUAUCGCACCCACACAAAGGAGAAACCCUUUAAAUGUGAUAUGUGUGGUAAAUCGUUUUCUCGGAAGAUUAAUAUGAGUGUGCAUUAUCGAACUCAUACUGGUGAGAAACCAUAUGCAUGCAAUUUUUGUGAUAAAGCGUUUUCGCAAGUAUCUCAGCUUAUCUGUCAUAAACGUCUCCACACGAAUGAGAAGCCUUAUCAUUGCGAUUUGUGUGACAAGUCAUUUUCUCGUAAGUGUUACUUGGAUACACAUUCUCUGACUCAUACAAAUCAGAAACCUUUCAAGUGUGAUUUAUGUGGCAGAUCAUUUUUGAUGAGACGUCAGUUAAAGGAACAUGAGCGUAUUCACACAAAUGAGAAAUCUUUUCAGUGCCACUUGUGCAGCAAAGCAUUUUAUCGUAAAUAUAGUUUGCAGAAACAUAUUCGCACACAUAUAACUGAGAAAAUAGAAAAGAGUGAAAUUUAGUUAGCUUUCUUAUUUAUAAGUGAAAUUGGCUGUACUUAUCUUUAAGGCUGAUGUUAAAAAUGAUCCACUUAUUUGUGGAAAAAUGUAAUAGUAGUUACAUUAAUCUGAAAAUAUAUUUUUAGUCAUAUUUGGUUUCCAUUUUUAUUUUGUCAAAGAUUUUUAUGUAAGCUUUUUUCUUAACUGAAAGACUCUUCUUUAUAGUGAAUUUAGAGAUACAUUUGACAUUCUUUGAAAUGACGAAGCAUAUGUAGGCUCUUAGGGCUCGCCUUCUGUAUUUCAUAGCAAUAUAAAAUUUUCCAGGUUUUCUAUGAUAAGCUUCGUAAGUAAUUUAAUGAAUGCAUUAUAUAAUAAUUCUGUAUAAAUUGUGUAAGUUGAGCACUGUGAAAAUUCGAUGUUUUAGAGUAUAAUGGAACACCUAUUAUUGCUAUUCAAACAAUUCUUUCUUAAUCAUCAUGUAACUGGAAUUUAGUGAAUCUAGCAUUUAUGAUUUUAGAAAUAUUCGAAGACUAUUUUUGUAUGUAUAAAAAAUGUCAA